CGACCACAUGUGAGAACCGCUCAUUAAGCAACAGUUGUUUUUCGACUCUUAGCCUGUAAUUGCGCCUAAUUACCUGUCUAGUGUUUGUGAUUUAAGAACAUAAUAUAAAAACAUAUAACACCUCUAAGAUGGCAAACCAAUACGAGGGCUACAAGUCGCCAUUGAGCACCCGGUAUGCCAGCAAGGAAAUGCAGUUCCUGUUCAGCGACCAGAACAAGUUCUCCACUUGGCGCCGGUUGUGGGUGUGGCUGGCUAAGGCGGAGAGCCGGCUGGGAUUGGAGAUCAGCGAAUCGCAGAUCGCCGAGAUGGAGCUCCAGAUCAGCAACAUUGAUUUCGAGGCCGCGGUCGCCGAGGAGCGACUCACUCGCCACGAUGUGAUGGCCCAUGUUCAUGUUUUUGCCAAACAAUGCCCAUCCGCUGCUCCAGUUAUCCAUCUGGGAGCUACCUCGUGCUACGUGGGCGACAACACGGACUUGAUUGUGCUGAGGGAUGCCCUUAAACUGCUGUUGCCACGAGUGGCCAGCGUGAUUGCCCGUCUUAGUCAAUUCGCACUGACCUACAAGGAUCAGCCUACGCUGGGAUUCACCCAUCUGCAACCUGCCCAGUUGACCACCGUGGGCAAGCGUGCCUGCCUUUGGAUCCAGGAUCUAAUCAUGGACGAACGGGCCCUGUCGCGCUGCUUGGAAGAUCUGCGCUUCCGCGGUGUGAAGGGAACCACUGGCACCCAGGCAUCGUUUCUGCAACUCUUUAACGGAGAUGGCGAGAAGGUCAAGAAGCUGGAUCAGUUGGUCACCGAACUGGCUGGUUUCAAGAAGGCCUAUGCUGUGACCGGACAAACCUACUCCCGGAAGGUGGAUGUGGAGAUUGUGGCGGCGCUUUCCAGCCUGGGAACUACCAUCCACAAGAUGUGCUCUGACCUGCGCAUCCUGGCCUCUCGCAAGGAACUUGAGGAGCCUUUCGAGAGCACCCAGAUUGGCUCGUCGGCCAUGCCUUAUAAGAGGAACCCCAUGCGAUCGGAGCGAUGCUGUGCGUUGGCUCGUCAUCUCAUCACCUUGUUCAGCAGUGCCGCCAAUACCCACGCCACUCAGUGGCUGGAACGCACUCUGGAUGACUCGGCCAACAGGAGGUUGACCCUCUCCGAGGCCUUCCUGGCUGCCGAUGCCGCUCUUCUCACCCUGCUGAACAUCUCGCAGGGAUUGGUGGUCUAUCCCAAGGUGAUCGAGCGUCACAUCUCGCAGGAAUUGCCCUUCAUGUCCACGGAGAACAUUAUCAUGGCCAUGGUGAAGGCUGGUGGAGAUCGCCAAGUGUGCCACGAGAAGAUUCGCGUGCUGUCCCAAGAAGCAGGAGCUCAGGUGAAGCAACACGGCAAGGAUAACGAUCUGGUGGACCGCGUCCGCAAAGAUCCCUACUUCUCGCCUAUUCUGGAGCAAUUGGACACCAUACUGGAUGCCAAGACCUUCACUGGACGCGCCAGCGACCAGGUGGGCGAGUUCGUCAAGGAAGAGGUGGAACCCGUGCUGGCACGCUACUCUGAAGCCCUGAAGAACGUUCAAGACGUCAAGCUGAACAUCUAGACGCCCAUUAUGUUGCCCUGUUGUUGUAAUCCCCAAGUUCGAUUUCGUAAAAUACACACGUACAUUCGCACCUAAUCAACUGCGUCAGCCACUGGAUGCAGUAAAGAUUAUCGCAAUAGACUCAAUGGGUCGAAGGCAGUCAGACCCCCGGCGUGAUUUGUCUUUCUGUUUCUGUUUUUGUUUUUGUUUUUUUGCCAGCUUAUUUACAAUUAAAACGAAAAAAUAACCACAAGCCUCGUCGAAUCGAACUCGAGUCGACGUUCUUGAUCUGAGUAAACAUA